CUGCACUUCUACUCCAAGGAGUCUCUGGAGCUCGUGAGGGUCACGGGCGUGUCGCCCGACCAGAGCGUUGUGCGGGUGCUGUGGCACGCACGCCUCAACCAAAUAUUCGCCACAUGUGGAGACAAGAAGGCGGGCGGCACGCACAUUCUGUACGACCCCACGCUCAGCGAGCGCGGCGCGCUGGUGUGCGUGGCGCGUGCCCCCCGCGCCCCUCGCCCCGAGGACCCGCACGGCGCCCGCCAUCCGCAACCCGCACGCGCUGCCCAUGUUCCGCACGCGCUGCCCAUGUUCCGCACGCGCUGCCCAUGUUCCGCACGCGCUGCCCAUGUUCCGCACGCGCUGCCCAUGUUCCGCGACGAGCCCAGCCGCAAGCGGCAGCGCGACAAGGCGCGCAAAGACCCCGUGGCGAGCCAGCGGCCAGACCUGCCGAUGGAGGGAGCGGGGCACGGCGGGCGCGUGGGGCAGACCAAGGGCACCCUGCUCACCCAGUACCUGCUCCGC